AUGGCUUCACAAUCUGCCGCAGAAUCUGUUUUCGAUCAUGUUAUUCUUUUGAUUCCCCAUUCCCAGCUCAUUUCACUCCCGCAAUGGUUGUCAGAUACCUUUACUAUCCUUGAUGGAGGCGUGCAUGAGGGUGGCAUGACUGAGAACAAAAUUGUUGUCUUUCAAGAUGGUGUUUACCUGGAGCUUAUUGCUUUUGUGGAUGGCUUAAAUCCCCAACAUAGAGCCAUGCACCCGUGGGGAAAGCAAGCUGACGGACAAAUCAUCCACUGGGCUCAUACCAUUCUAAGUCGCGAAGAGGAAGAGGGUUCAAACAAGUCUGAAGAGAAAUUCCGCGCUGUUCAAGCUAGAACCGAAGAUUCUCAAGUUGGAAUCAAGUACCUCGAUCCAGAACCCGGAUUUAGGACAAUGGCAGAUGGCUCAAAGAGGAUAUGGGCCAAUGCUAUUCCCAGCUUUGACGAAUGCAAAGGCCUAGUUCAUAUCAACCAACAGCCUUUCUGGACUUUUGAUCGAACCCCAAGGUCUCUCAGAGCUCCUCUUACGCCAGAGAACACGUCUCAUCCGUCAGGCGUAGUUGGCGUCGCUGGCAUUUCUCUCGUCAUAAAGGAUGAACGGGUCUUGAACAACAUGCUUCCCUUUUACAACGCCAUUUUCAACAAGCCUGGCGUUAAAGAGAGCCCAUCUAGCAAUGUCAUACGAUAUAGGUGGGAGGCUGCGGCGCCUGCUCAUGCGGAAUUUGGCCAAAGACAUUUCUUCCUCUACCAGGGUACCAAGGAAGCUUUUACGGAGGAAGAGAUGGUAGAAGCAAAUGGGGAAGUGCCUGAUAUCUUUAUCAAGCUGUCUUUGUAUACUAAGGGAAGGGCGGGCAGUGUCAAGGGAACGCUUGUUAAGGGAACACUGAUUACCUUUGACCUGAUUCCCAUUGCGUCUUCGUAG